GUAAUUAAUAUACCUACAAUUUAUCUCGGAAAGCCAGCUGCUGAAUGCUGAUAGCUUUUGGCAAUUCCGUAGCGAGUAUUCUGGAUUCCCAAUACCGAACUAUCCAUUCUAUCUCGAAUUGCAUCAGACUGCAACAUUUAUAUAAGCAAGCGCCGACACUGAAAGAACGUUCACUGACAUGGUCCCGGAGCCGAUGAACCGGCGUUACGAAUUGAGAGGUUUGGUGGCUUCAAGCCUGGGUUUGUUUCCUGUGACAAGCGCGGGUGGAAACGCCCGUAUACUUGAUUGAAUGACGGGAGUAUGGGUUUGGAUUUCUACUUCACUCGGCAUUCUGCGUUCAGACUUCUACGUUCAGACUUCUACGUUCAGACUUCUACUUCACUCGGCAUUCUGCGUUCAGACUUCUACGUUCAGAAUUCUACGUUCAGAAUUCUACGUUCGGAAUUCUAUUCCACGUUCAGGAUUCUACGUUCAGAAUUCUACGUUCAGAAUUCUAUGUUCAGAAUUCUACGUUCAGAAUUCUACGUUCAGAAUUCUACGUUCAGAAUUCUUAACGCACUCAUUGUAUUGGGAGAGACUGUUUGUUGUCAACCGAAGGAAGGGUGUUGAGCUGCCUCCGUCCGUCGUCCGGGCCACAGAACAAUACAGGCCAGGAAUCUUUGGCGAGCCAUGUUUCAGGGAAGCACCUGGAGCCCGAAGAAUACACCCCGAUACCAGAUCUUCCCCAGCGUGGCGUAAGGUUUCCGAAGCCAGCCUCUGAUGGCCAGAGCCAGAUCAUGUCUACCAUAGAAUGAAGCGUGCUGCACGGCAAGUAUUGGGAACUCCA